AUGAUGAGACGCAGUUCAGGUCGAGCCAGUGCCAGGAGCAGAUGCUGUCCGCUGCCGUUGCUGCUGCUGCUGCUGCUGGGCGUUGUCUUGGCCAGCGGCCGGGCUGCCCACGCCUCGCUGCGUCUGCGCCAUGGCAGCCGCUUGGUCAGCACCACGCCCACCACCGUGGCCACCACAGCCGCCGCGGAGCUGCAGCCACAACAGCCGGAGACGGCGACCGAGAAGCCGACCCAGCAGCAGGAGCAGGAGCAGCCGCUGGCCACCGGCAAGCACAAGCGUGGCAUACUGCAUGGCGGCGCCGCCGGGCACUGGCCCGCCCGCACCUAUGCCUCCCAGUAUGGCUACAGCUUGCAGCUGCCCGCGGCGGCCACUUUCCUGGCAGCUGCGCCCGCCCAUCGCCAUCAUGGCUUCGUCAAGUAUCCGUCUGGCCUGGGCGGCUAUCACAUUAAACAGUUUGCGCCCGCGUCUGCGUUCCUGCCCGCUGCCACGGCUGUUCCCGCGCUGCCCGCCGUCUCCGGCCUGCCCGCUGUCGGUGGCAUCGCCUCCGCCGUGGCUGCGCCGCCUUCGUAUGUGCUGCGUCCGGGCAAUGCGGUCGUCUCCUCGUACAGCGUCAACUAUCCGCAUCAGCAUCUGCACCGACCGCUGAAGCCCCUGCACUACCAUCAGGUAAGUUCUCCGGCUGCACUUACGCCUCCACACUCAUGGCCUGAUUACCUGCAGCCCACCUAUGUUCAGGCUGUCGCUCCUGCUGCUCCCGCCGUGCCUAUUCAACCCAUUCAGCCCGUGCAGCCUGUGCAGCCUGUGCAGCAUGUGGCUGCACUGCAUCCUGGCGUGAGCUUCGCCCACGUCAACCCGCCCGUCGCCGAGUUUCCCGUGUUCUCGGGGCCCACGUUCGCUGUGCAGCCAGCAGCUGCGGUUCCGGCUGCACCCACCACGCCUGAAGUGCCUGUGAUACCACAGAUUCCGCAGAUACCGCAGAUACCGCAGAUACCUCAGAUACCGGAGAUUCCGCAAAUUCCGCAGUUCCCGCAGUUCCCAACGUUCCCACAGUUCAGCAUUCCGCAGUUCCCCUUCCCACAGGUGCCACAGUUCCCACAGGCGCCCGCUGUUCCGGCUGUGCCCGCCACGCCCGCUGCUCCAGCUGUGCCCGCGACGCCGGCCAAUCCCGCGCUGCCCGCGUUUCCGGCUGCGCCCGGCGCACCACCUAAUAGCCAGUUCUUUCCCGCCGCCGUGCAGCCGCCGCUGCCCCAGCAGCCGCCCAGCUUUGGGCAGCCGGAGGCGCAGUUUCCGGGCGGCAUAGUGCCACUGCCUGGAUCGACGCCCGUGCAGCCAGAGACGGGCACGGCCAUCGCCUCGCCGCAGAUACCCAACACGCCGGAGUCGGAGCAGCCCGAGCAGCCGCAGCCGCAGCCCGCCCCACAGCCCACACAGCCUCAGCAGCCUCAACAGCCCUGGAAGCCGGUCUUCUAUCAGCCCCCAGCCACGCCCAGCCGUCCAGCCAUAACCCUAUUGCCGCCCUACGGCAGCGCGCCAGCUGAUGGCUAUCUGCCGCCCGUUAACACACAGGCGGCACAGCUAACGGCCGCCAGCGCCAGCCACGGGGCCCAGGACAUUUUCGAUCAGCUGAGCAAUGCCGAGAUCGAGCACAUCUUCGCCCAGGCGAAUCUAGCCCAUCAGCAGCAGCAGCAGCAGCAACAGCAGCAACAGCAGCAGCAGCAGAGCUAUCAGCACUACUGA